AUGGAAGAAGAUAGCCCCUCAGAUUUUGUUUUAAACUUGGGUGUAAUGUUUGGUCAAAUAAGUCAUGACACAAGUUACUCUAUUUUAGGUGGGGAAUUUGACGAAGAAAGCAAACCCGUUGAUGGGAAUUCUAAAGAGGAAUCAGAAGAUUCUCCGAGCUCAGAAAGCGAUAAAGACGAACCUACAGAGAAAGUUGUUUCGGCGCCGAAGAAAAAGACAUCAUCGCCGAAGAAGAAGGCAUCAUCACCGAAGAAAGCAUCUCCACAGACUCAGGAAACUCCGAAGACUCAGGAAACUCCGAAGACUCAGGCGGCUCAGGAAACUCCGAAGACUCAGGCGGCUCAGGAAACUCUGAAGACUCAGGCGGCUCAGGAAACUCCGAAGACUCAGGCGGCUCAGGAAACUCCGAAGACUCAGGCGCCUCAGGAAACUCCGAAGACUCAGGCGCCUCAGGAAACUCCAAAGACUCAGGCGGCUCAGGAAACUCCUAAGAUUGAGGCGGUUCAGGAAACUCAUAGCAAUCAGGCGGCUCAGGAAACUCCAUAGACGCAGGCGGUUCAGGAAACUGAUAAGGAUCAGGCGGCUAAGGAGGCGCAAGUUUCUCAGGCAGUUGUGGAGACUCAGACGACUCA